AUGACUGCGCAGAACAUCAAUGAGGAGGUGAACCGUGACGAGUUGAAAUAUUUGGAUCAGAUUCGUGAGAUCAUCGAGAAUGGCAAGCUGCGUACUGAUCGAACUGGAACCGGAACCUUGUCCAUUUUUGGCAUGCAGUCGCGCUAUUCUCUCCGUAAUGGAGUUAUCCCAUUGCUCACGACAAAGCGGGUUUACUGGAAGGGCAUCGUUGAGGAGCUGCUGUGGUUCAUUCGCGCCGACACCAACAGCAAUCAUCUUUCAGAGAAAAACGUCAAGCUGGAGAAGCAUUGCAAGACGGAGAGCUAA